GUUGUAAAAAUCCGACCAGACAUUAUUUCGCAGUGCUCUCAUUUUAACAAAUGGGACUUUCACACUUGCCAACCGCUGUGCCAACCAUGGUUUUGUUUGAGAGGAAAUACACGUUAAGAUUUUAAACAAAUAGUCUUAAUGGAGGACUUAAUGAAAUCACUGAAGAUGCCGCUGUUUGGAAAUACAUUCAGCCCGAAGAAAACUCCUCCUCGAAAAUCUGCAUCAUUGUCGAGCCUUCACACAUUGGACCGUUCAACAAAAGAAACAGAGCUGGGUCUUGAAUAUGGACCUCCCAUAAUGAACAUUGGAGGUCAAAGCUGGAAAUUCGAAGAGGGGCAGUGGAUAACAGAAUCUGGUGGAAAUACAUCUAGUAGAGAAUUACAGCGACUAAAGAAAAGAAAUGUGCAGUUGGAGGAAGAAAACCUCUUAAAACUGAAGAUUGAAAUUCUUUUGGACAUGUUGACAGAGACUACAGUGGAGUACCAUUUGAUGGAAAAAGAAGUGGAAGAUAUAAAGACUCAACAUCGAAGGAAGAAAUGACAAAUUGAAUCCAGUGCCUUCAGUGUAAAAAAACUGUAGUCAUAGGCAGUUUGUGGUUUGCUACUCAAUUUUAUUCUAGGUGCCACCAAAAACUAUUGUUCUGUACUUUUUUUGUUCUGUACUCAUUUUUAUCAUUCAGGUGUAUCAUUCAACUUUUAUUAAACUACACUAACCUAUUGUGGACUCGUUUUCUAAGCUGCACCAUCUCAAUCAAAAUAAAUUAUAAAUUGAUAAUACAUAAUUAAAUAUCUUUUUACUAAUGAUAAUACGUUGUUAACCUGGGGCGAUAUAAGCGGUUCCUUAGUAGACUGUUCUUCUACUUGCAUGUGAUGGAACCUGGUAGUAACCUCAUCAUAUAAUGUCAUUCCCAUAAUCCUUAGAAUAAUGAUAACAUGCCGUGUAUACCAUGUAGAACUGUAAUGAAAUAGGUUGGUUAAAAAAAGCCCAGGUGACGUCUGUCCGUCACACACCGAAGCGUGUCAAUGUCUUAUAUUGUCCUCCUUUGAUUGGCGAGUUUACACGUCAGUCAAAUAGUCAGCGCAGUGAUUGGUCGGAUGUUUCUAACUGCGCAGGCGCGGGCGAUUGCCGUAAAAGCUGCGAUUCGAGGUUUGUGCUGCCGGUAGCGGGAAUCAAGAAGUAAUUUCUAGUCUAUUAACACCUAAACUGCUAGCUGCUCCUUUCGGACUGUUAUAUAUAUUACUUUAGUUUGAAGCUUCAACUCUAUACACUUGCAAUGCCUCGGGGUGGAAAAAAGGGCCACAAAGGCAGAGGAAAGCAGUUCAGCAACCCGGAGGAAAUUGACAGACAAAUGAGAUUACAGAGAAAGCUGG